AUGGAGAUGUCCGGACAAAACCUCUUCGACGCGCUUGACACUGCGCUGGUGCCCAAGGCGGCGAAGGCCGCGCUGUUGGGCCUUUUGCUGCAGCUCAUCAGCCCCGACGUGGCCAACAUGCUCGGCGGCGAGUCCUCCAAGAAGACAGUGGGCCCCGGCGAGAAGACUGCCCGCGGGGUCGCUGCGAACGUCAUGAGUGUUUACGCCUAUGGGUUCGUCGGCCCCGCCAGGAUGCAAUUUUCCGGCGGGGGGCCCACCAACGCUCUGACAAACCCUUUCCUCGCGUUGGGUCCUCACGCGUGGCCGAGAGCGAGGCAAAACCUGAACACCUUCCCCGCCAUAUUCGUGAAAGCAGUCGUCUCGGCGAGGUCGGAACUACACGCAGAGAUCCGCAACGCCAUCGCCGAAUUCCUCAUCCCUCUCAUGGAAGAGGAAGCAUCCACGAACAACCCGAUGACCGGCGCGGACCUCCUCCGUGGCGUCCGCGAGCGGAUAAUGGACGUCGACCCCGAGUCGGAGGAACUGACUGGCCUGAUGUCCCGCAGCAUGUGGCGCUUUACCAAGGCGCACCAAGCUUCCACCCGUAAGGCCAUCACCUUGGGGUACCUCUUGGGACCGGAGAGACUGAAGGAAGACUUCCUUGGACAGUUCAUGACUGGACCGCGACGCUGCACGGCGACGAUCCUUACCAUCCCCAGCUCCGACUUCCACAAGCCGGAGAUCAUGCGCUUCCUCGCCCCCUACUACGUCGAGAAGGACAGCCUCGUUGUGCCGGAGACCCCGGCGGCAGACGUUUAUGUCCAGGAUGAUGAUCUUGAAGCAUACCUCAACGACAUGUUUUAA